AUGCGGGUAAAGCAUAAAAAUGUAGUUAGAUUUCUAGGAUAUUGUGCUGACAGACAAGGAAGUAUGGCAACAUACAAUGGUAAACUUGUCAUGGCAGAUAUCCACCAAAGAUUGCUUUGCUUCGAGUAUAUACCUAAAGUGGGUCUUGAUAAGUAUAUCACUGAUGCAUAUCGUGAGUGGAGAAACUGCUAUAAAAUUAUCAAAGGUAUUUGUGAGGGCAUCAAGUUCCUUCAUGACAAUCAUAUCAUUCACUUGGAUCUGAAACCCGCCAAUAUACUACUCGACGAUAGCAUGGUACCGAAAAAUUACUGA